ACCUUUCCUCGUCACUGUUGUUGGCGAUUCGUCGCCAUUACGGGGCAGCGUCGGCGGCAUCGCUGAGGCGUCCACGGUCGUGCAGAGGCGGCCCGAGGGGAUCCUUCCCUGGGGCAGCAACACUCACCGCCAGGGCCGGGCCUAGCCUGGCCUUUCGGGGCUCCCUCGCCCUCUCUCGGCGGCGCCUUCUCCUCCGCCUCGGCGCCUGAGGCCGGCCUGCCUGCCUGCCUGCCGUCCGCCUCGUCCCUUUUCCCUCGUCAGGGCGAAGCAGCAAGGAAAAAUGUCGCCAUGAAGGUGGCCGAGACAACUGCUCUGCGCCGACCCCGCCGUCGCCGCCGCCGGGCCAUGAGCCUGGGCCUCGGCCCCAGCCCCAGCCGCUCGCCCGCCCGCCUCCUCCGCAGCAGCGCCUCCGCGGCGGCCGCGGAAGCUCCAGAGCCCGCCCGUGACAGCAGCAGCAGCAGCAGCGCCACCCGACGACAGGAUGGACAAGAGCAACCCCUGCGGCUCCGGCCUCGGCCCCGGUUCCUCCUCGGCGGCGGCAGGCAAAGGGCAGCAGCCGCGCUCUAACUCCGCCGGCCCAGCUGGGGGAGAGUCCAAGCCCAAAGGCGAUGGAAAAAAUGCAAAUGGAUCCAAACAGCGUUAUAAUCGUAAGCGAGAAACUUCGUAUCCCAAAAAUGAGAACUUCCCCACCCAAACCCGUCGCUCCACUUCACAGAAAAGCAAAGCUUUUAACAAGAUGCCCCCUCAGAGGGGGGGACACAGCAAUGGCGGCAAACCUUUUAGCUCUUCUUCUAAUGGUGGAAGACGAGAUGAGGUAGCAGAGGCCCAGCGGGCAGAGUUUAGCCCUGCCCAGUUCUCUGGCCCCAAGAAAAUUAGUCUGAACCACUUGCUGAACUUCACCUUUGAACCUCGUGGCCAAACAAACUACUUUGGGAACGGCCGUGGCACCUGGGCAAAAAGGAACAGAUGGGAGAACAAGCCUUUCAGCAAAGAGCUCUUCCUACAAGCCAACUGCCAGUUUGUGGUGUGUGAUGACCAGGAUUACACAGUUCAUUUCACUGACCCAGACACGCUGGUCAACUGGGACUUCGUGGAGCAAGUGCGGAUUUGCAGCCAUGAAGUGCCCUCUUGUCCAAUAUGCUUAUACCCGCCUACUGCUGCCAAGAUCACCCACUGUGGGCACAUCUUCUGCUGGGCAUGCAUCCUGCAUUAUCUUUCUCUGAGUGAGAAGACUUGGAGUAAGUGCCCCAUCUGUUACGGCUCUAUCCACAAGAAAGACCUCAAAAGUGUUAUUGCUUUGGAAACCCGUCAGUAUGCAAUUGGUGAUACCAUUACAAUGCAGCUGAUGCAACGGGAGAAAGGGGUUUUGAUAGCACAGCCAAAGUCGAAGCUGACACAUUUGGAGCAGCCUAUUCAUUUGGGAGAUGAGCAGCAUGGCCAGUUCUCAAAGCUGCUUCUGGCCUCUAAGGCUCAGGUGCUGCAGGAAGUUGUCUUGGAGGAAAAGGAGGCACUCUUGCGCCAGUAUGAGGAGGAGAAGCGCACCCCCGAAGCCUGUUUCAUUGAAGCUGCCAUUCAGGAGCUGAAGGAUCGAGAGGGCAGCUUGAUGUCUGACAGAAACAGAGAGAGUGACGUUGCAGGAGCUGUGGAGGCACUUGUUGUGGCAGACUCUUCUGGCAAAGCAGCAGGAGUGUCCCAGGAGAGGAAGCCUGUUGUGGAGUAUCUUUCUGCUUUUGAAGAAGAAAUCCUGGAGCCUUCUGAGGAUUCUGCAAUUGGUGUUCUACCCCCUUCUGAGACAGAAGAGGCCUCAGUGGAUGAUGCGGAGGAAUCUGGGGUGGACCUGGCAGGAAGGAGGGAAAUGGGAGAAGCUAGUUUGCCUGAAUCCGCCUGUGAGAAAUCUAAAACGGCAUUCAGCAGUGGGCACACGAGUACCACUCCUUUCUACUAUUUCUAUCAAGCUGAGGAUGGGCAGUGCCUGUAUCUUCACCCAGUGAACGUUCGCUGUCUUGUGCGUGAGUACGGCAGCCUGGAGAAGAGCCCGGAGAAGAUCAGUGCCACUGUGGUGGAGAUAUCUGGCCACUCCAUGACCGAGGAUGUACGGCAGCGUCAUCGUUACCUGUGUCAUUUGCCACUCACCUGUGAGUUCAGUAUCUGUGAACUGGCUUUGAAGCCUCCUGUGAUUUCAAAGGAAACACUGCAGAUGUUUUCAGAUGACAUUGAAAAAAGGAAGCGCCUGAGACAGAAGAAAGCUCGUGAUGAGCGACGCCGGGAGCACAGAAUUGAGAUGGAGGAAAAUAAGAAGCAAGGCAGGUAUCCAGAGGUUCACAUUGCUUUAGAAAACUUGCAGCAGUUCCCUGCCUUCAGUGCAUUUUCAGGAGAACCUGCUGAGAACGAGAGCGAUGCUGCGCUGUCUGCUGUUGGCGGAAUCCCUGUUUGUCAACCAGAGUCUUUGCCUACACCACUAUCUCCUGCAGCCAGCCUUGGCAGCCCAUCACUCUGUGUUGGAAAUCUGGAGGAGGAAACUAGCCUCCCCUCAUUUGCCCAGAUGCUGAGGGCUGGAAAAGCUAAACCAGAAACAUGGAAUAGUUCACAGCCAAAGAAGAAAGAAGAAACUGCCACCUUGGCACCUCCUGCUCCAGGAGACAGCGAUGGGGAGAGUGAUAACUCGGACCGUGUCCCUGUGCCUAGUUUCCAGAACUCCUUCAGCCAAGCUAUAGAGGCAGCCUUCCUUAAACUGGACAAGCCGUCCACUUCUGACCAUCUCCUGGAGGAAAAAAGAGGCAAGAAGAAGAAGCAGAAGCAAAAGUUACUGUUCAGCACUUCCGUGGUUCAUACCAAGUGAUCCUACUAAUGGACAGAUUUCUUCACCUGGUUCUCUUUCGUUUGCUUUUGUGGUUUUGCUGCUAUAGAUAAAAAGUAUUUAAGUUUGA